AUGGCGACCGAGGGCGCAACGAGAGCGUCUGGUGUGCCUUCACUGGUGCUGCACACUGGUGCUAUACUUGAGAAGAUUGUUAAGCGCGAGUUCGUGGAUCUCUGGUGUCUAGCCCAGAAGCUAGAGUCAGCUGGUUUCAAGAGAUAUCUCAGGGACAAGGGUAAAGAAUGCUUUUGGAGAAUGCGACUAUCUAUCCUGUUUUGA